AUGGCGGCGUGGAACAUCAGGGGCUUCAACCACCCUGAUAAAGUCAUGAGCUGUAAGCGACUCAUUAAAUCGUUCAGGUUGAACUUGGUUGCUGAUAAACCGCUGCUCCAGCUCUCUGCUAUAUACGCCUCUAAUAAUUCUCUAGACCGCAAGGAGCUGUGGAACUCUUUGACUCAUUUGGCGCCUGAACCUGACUUCCCUUGGGUUUUAAUUGGUGAUUUCAACUGCUGUCGCUAUGCCUCUGAAAAGUUGGGUGGGAAUCCUAUUUCUCAUCAUGCUUUGUUUGAUCUCAACAAUAUGAUUUUUAGUAAUAGUUUAGUGGAUUUACACUCCGUUGGUUUUAAGUUCACUUGGUUUAAUCAGCGCACCAUUAAUCCUAUUCAUAUAAAACUUGACCGUGCUUUAGUGAAUGCGGGAUGGCAGAACAAAUUUCCAAACUCUUACUGCUCUAUUCAGAGCCCUUCCUGCUCGGAUCAUUGCCCCAUCAUUUUAAACUCAGGUAUUUCUGUCAAGGUUUAUCACCGCUUUCUUUUCAAGAACUACUGGACCAACUUUGAUAGCUUCUGGGCUGUCUUACUGGAGGUUCUCUCUCUUCCUUGCUCUGGGAAUUCUAUUUCCCAUUUUAGUAAUUGCUUGAAGUUCCUUAAAGAUAAAGUUAAAAGUGAGGAUUGGUAUUCCUCCUCAUGUGUUUUUAGACAUCUGGAUGUCCUGAACGAUAAUCAUGCUAAUCUGUUGAGUAAGCUGCAAGUGGAUCCUUAUAACUUGAACCUCAAUCACUCUUUCAAGGUUAGCACGGUGGAACUUGCUAAGUUCAAUUCUAUGUAUGCCUCUUGGAUAGUCCAACGGGCAAAAGUCAACUGGAUAAGAAAUGGGGAAGAUGAUUUAAAGUUUUUAUUUGCAAAAAUUAGAACUAGAAGAGGGUGCUCUAAUUCUAUGAUCAAUUUAUUUGCUAAUAACCAUUCUUCUUCUAGAGCUGAUGUUGUUAGUUCUUUAAUCCAGUAUUACCAAAUACUUUACAACCCCUCUUCUCCCCCGUCCCCCAAUGCUACUCAGGCCUGCUUUCCCUCUGGAACCUUGUUGCCGCAGGAUGAGGCUAUCCGUAUGACCUCUUUGGUGCUUGAUGAGGAGGUUAUUGCUGACAGACUGAAGCCGGUUAUGCCUUCGAUCGUCAUGAACAAUCAAGCUGGAUUUGUCAAAUCUAGAGUAUCCACUGAUAAUAUUUUGCUUGCUAGUGACAUUCUUUCUUUUGUUGGUAAGGAAAGGGGAAAAGGUUUUCCUUCUCUUUCUGUUAACUGGAUUAAAGCUUGUAUCUUUGACGUCAACUUCUCAAUUAUGCUCAAUGGUGCCUUAGAGGGUUUCUUUCCUUCAUCUGCUGGACUAAGACAGGGUUACCCUCUUAGUCCUUACCUCUUUUGCCUUGUGAUGGAUGCUUUCUCUAAUCUUUUGGAAUGCAGUGGUUUCAAAGGAAUAUCUGUGGACAACUUCUCUCUUACUCAUUUGCUUUAUGCUGAUGAUGUACUUAUAUUUGGGGAGGCCUCUAUUGAAAAUUGUAAUAAGUUGGCUAUCGUUCUUAGGGACUUUGCAAACUCCACGGGGCUUUAUGUGAACUAUGACAAGAGUGCCAUUAUGCUUACCAAAAAUCAGAGAAAUGUUCAAGCUAUUUGUCAAUCUUUAUCCAUUUUUAACAUAGUUAAUAAGAUCAAUUAUCUUGGCAUUCCUUUAUCUUUUUAUAAGCUGAAAAUAGAGGACUUCUUGCCGCUUUUGGAUAGUAUUAACAAAAAAAUGAAUGGAUGGAAGGCCAACCUGCUGUCCUUUGCGGGCAGGCUCCAGUACAUUAAAUUUACUAUUCAAAAUACCAUUGCAUAUUGGAUUAGGGGGUCAAUCUUACCAAAAACUGUAUACAAACAUUUCAAAAAAGCCUGUUCCAAGUUCUUGUUUUUUGGUGACUCUACGCAUGCUAAGAAACUUCAUAUGGUGUCCUGGGAUAGGAUUUGUAGGCCUAAAUAUAAUGGGGGUUUGGGCAUUCCCUCCAUUUCUGCUUUACAAUUCUCUUAUAGCUGCUCCGUUAUUCUUAGGAUGUACAACGCCCCUUCUCCUCUAUCCAAAUGGCUUAUUUGCUAUCACAAAUCCCCAUGGAAGCCCCCUCGUGCAACUGAUUCAAAAAUAUGGAAGCUUAUCUGUAAUACCGCAAUGGCUGUAAAAUACUGUUUUACCUUCAGCAUUACCCAGCAGGCUCCCAUUCAUUUCAUAUGGGAUCACUGGUGCAAUAAUAAAACCAUUUCUGAAUAUUUGGGGGGUAAUCCGGAUGGUAUUUCUCAUGACUUUUGCUUAAAUGAGUUAAUUAUUGGCACUCAGUGGGUUAUUCCGAAUCACUUUCCUUUGAAUUUGAAAAAUGUCAUUGCUGGGAUCAAUAUUGGUGAUACUGGGCAUUGUUUGCUGUGGGGAAACCGAAGCACUUAUAAAUUCAAAAACUUCAUGGAUGAAUACUAUUCAGAUAUACCGAGCUGCUCUUGGUUUAAGUUGGUCUCUAUAGGCUCGGGAGCUCUUUUGGUGGAAUUCGUUCUAGUCUCACUUCGUUUAGAGUCUGAAACUGCUAAUGUGGUUUCGGCUUCUUUUCUUAUUGUAAUUUUUUCCUGA